CCAGAACCCAUCCUGCCAUUCCGGAUGUACAACAGCCUGAUAGGGUUGGCCAAGGAGAGCCUGCAGGGGGGAACUGAGGGGGGCAAGGCCGGGAAGAGUGUGGCCGAGAUGGUGGACAAAGGAGCCAAGACAGAGAAAGCGGUGCUGGUGCUGGUGGCCAAACUGCGAGAGCUGCUGAAGGAGCUUCCGCCGGAGAACUUGGCCACCAUGAAGUUCAUUGUGCAGCACCUGAGAAGGAUUGUGGAAGUUGAACAAGAGAACAAGAUGACCUCCGGCAACCUGGGCAUCAUCUUUGGCCCCACAUUAAUGCGCCCUCGACCCACUGAAGCCACCAUUUCCCUCUCUUCCCUGGUUGACUACCCCCAUCAGGCACGGAUCAUUGAAGCACUCAUCAUCUUCUACUCUGCCAUCUUUGAAACUGACCAGACGUUUGCAGAUGGUUUAGAAGAAGCUGCAAAGGAGGAGGAGGAGGAAGAGAAGGAACCCAUUGGGAACCAGGAAAACACCAGUGUUCAGCCACAUGAUGGAGUCCCAUACCAUCUGCCAACUCCUGACCAGGCAGAGGCAGCUCUUCAUGAGGACUCAUACGGAGGUGAGAUGGAACCAUGCUUUCUUAAUCACCUUCUGAUUGUCCCGAUUUGGCAGAGAUAAUCCCAGUUUAAUCCUCUGCCGUCCCACCUCUCAUCUGUGUUUAAAAUGUCCCAGCUCUCUCUCCUCCU